CGAACAUGAAGGCUAGCAAGCAUCCGACCACCUACGGGUCGGAUGCAAGGACACUCUUCCUCUGUCUAUUGCUCAUCCAAACCCUGCUGUCCGUCCGGGGUCAGCAACAGUCUCAGCCACAAACGAACGAUGUAAAUCGUUACAGCCCAUCAACGGAUCCCUUCGGUCGGCAGCAGUACAAUCCACAGUAUCCGAACAGUCAGUAUGAUCCGAACUCACGCAACAAUCUCGGGCAAACACCUUCACCAACUUCCGGCACCAAUUAUCAGCGCGAUUACUACGGCAACAACGUAAACAAUCAAGACUCGAACAGUAUCGAUGGUAAUCGGUUUGGGCAGGAUAAUCGGAAUGUGGUCUUCCAAGCAACGACACCACGUGAUUACUUUAACCGGCCAACGUCACCUUCGUCUCGUACCAACUUUAAUCGGAAUCCGUUCUCGAAUGAUUAUGCAGCCGGCAACUCCUUCUCGCAGGGUAUCACGUACUUCAUCGUUGCGUCUAAAAUGGUACGACCCGGACAAGUGUACCGGGUGGCAGUAUCGGUGCUAGAAUCACACCAUCCACUAACCGUCCGCACCAGUAUCUCGCGUGAUGGAGUUGAGCUGAGCAGUGAGACGAAACCGAUUACGGUGGGCGUGCCGGAGUCGAUGCUGAUGCGUGUCCCACCGACGAGCGUGGUCGGUGAGUACAAGCUUCGGGUGGAAGGUUCGUACGAUAAGAACUUCGGUGGGUACGUGUUUACGAACGAGACGAAACUCAUCUUCUCCCAGCGUUCGAUGACGAUCUUCGUGCAGACGGACAAACCGGUGUACAUGCAGGGUGAAACGGUACGCUUCCGUGCGAUCCCGAUCACAACCGAGCUGAAGGGUUUCGAUCAAGAGAUGAACGUGUACAUGCUUGAUCCGGCGGGUCAUAUUAUGCGCCGCUGGUUGUCACGCCAAUCGAACCAGGGUUCGGUAAGCUUGCAGUACCAGCUGUCCGAUCAGCCCGUGUUCGGUGAGUGGAAGAUUCGUAUCGAAGCGCAGGGACAGAUCGAGCAGGCCCGGUUCAACGUGGAGGAGUACUAUCAGACACGGUUCGAGGUGAACGUCACGAUGCCGGCCUUCUUCUUCAACACGGAUCGCUACAUUCACGGACGCAUCAUGGCGAACUUUACGAACGGCACACCGGUGAAGGGUAAUCUGACGCUAAAGGCAACGAUCCGUCCGAUCGGAUUCUUUAACCCGGAAGCAAUCAAUCAGAUGAACCGGGUGGGAAAUUUGGGACGUCUAACCAACACCAACCAAAACGUACCGUACUAUCUGCAAAAAACGAAUCCGGAACUACUGUACAACAACCCGCAGAACAGCUUUACGAGCCAGAUUGGACGCGAUCAGAAUGUCGGUUAUGAUGGUGUGGGACAGAACUAUGAUGGUCGGUACUCCUCCUCGUCCAACAACUUCCAGGACUCGUACGUAAUCGAGCGCCAUCUUAACUUUGACGAGGAGUGGCCUUUCUGGAUCAAGAAACCGGUUGAAACUGAUGCACAGUGGGACUCGUGGUCAAACACGUACCGGGAAAGUUUGCCAUUUUUGCGAUUCUUCAACGGCACGUACAAUUUCCGUUUUCCGAUGAGUGAGCUAGCACAGCUGGUACCGAAUCUGUCCGGUAUGGAGAUCCUGUUUACGGCGCGGGUAGGAGAGCGAUACUACAACGAGAUCGUGGAGGGUUACUCACUGACGCGCGUUUACAAUUCGUCCAUCCGUAUCGCUUUCCUGGGAGAUUCGCCACAGGUCUUUAAACCUUCGAUGCCCUUCACCGUGUACCUGAUCGCCGAGUACCACGAUGGAUCACCACUCCCACUAGACGAGUUUAACGCUGGCCGCAUGGAAGUGUCCGGUACGAUCGAUAGUCGUGCAUCCGGUGGUCGCAACACGUUCGACACUCGCGUCCUCCAUAUGUCUCAAACGCCAGGCGUUUGGGAACUGAAACUAGACAUCCGUCACGAUCUGAACCUCGAGAACACGAAGCAAACGAACGAAUUCCUAAAUGAAAUUCAAUCCAUGCGCCUAACGGCUAACUACAUCGAUCCAUUUGGUGAGCGAGCAUCCACCGAACUGCUACUGUUAGCUCACUACUCACCCAACAAUCACAACAUUAAAGUGCACACGAGCACAACGGAUGCGAAGGUGGGCGAGUACAUAACGCUGCACGUGCAAAGCAACUUCUACAUCAAGGACUUUGACUAUCUGGUCAUGUCGAAGGGUAUCAUCUUGGUCACUGGACAUGAGAACAUGAAAGGCGGCAUAAAGACGAUGGCGAUUACGCUAAGUGCCGAGAUGGCACCGGCAGCAACUAUCGUGGUGUGGCAUAUAGGGCGGUACGGAAAGUUGCUGACGGAUAGUCUUACCUUCCCGGUGAAUGGCAUUUCGAGGAACAAUUUUACCGUGUUCAUUAACAACCGUAAGGCACGUACCGGGGAGAAGGUGGAGGUAGCUAUUUACGGUGAGCCCGGAUCGUACGUGGGACUGUCCGCGAUUGACAAUGCGUUCUACACGAUGCAGGCCGGCAAUGAGCUAACGUAUGCGAACGUAAUUACGAAGAUGCUGUCGUUUGACGAGCACACGAAUGGUACGUUCAAGAAGACGUGGAUGUCGCACGAUGGUGAUCCAGAUGAGCUGGUGUACUAUCCUGCCUCGACGUUCGGUAUCGAUGCGAACAGGACGUUUGAUUAUGCCGGUUUGGUUGUGUUUACGGACGGUGUGAUACCGAUGCGACCGUCGGUCUGUGAUCAGUCACUUAACUAUAGCGAGUGCUUGAAUGGGCGCUGUUACCGUACGGAUAAGCGAUGCGAUGGGUAUAUGGAUUGUGAGGAUGGUACGGAUGAGGCUGGAUGUAGUAUGCGUAACGAAACGCUUCUGGCAGAGUUCCGGAAGUUCCGAUUCAAUCGUAUCCUGCGUCACUAUCAGAAUGUAUGGAUGUGGAAGGAUGUGAACAUUGGACCGCAUGGGCGAUAUAUCUUCAACCUGGAUGUACCGCAGGUACCUGCACUGUGGACCGUUUCGGCAUUCGGUAUUAGUGGGGUCCGAGGAUACGGAAUGUUGCGCAAACCGAUCGAAUACGUUGGCAUCCAGCCGUUCUUUAUAAAUGUGGAAAUGCCUACGGCAUGUCAUCAGGGCGAACAAGUAGGAAUUCGUGUGGCGGUUUUUAACUACCAAACGGUGGAUAUCGAAGCAACGGUCGUUCUGCACAGCUCACCCGAUUAUCAGUUUGUGCACGUAGAAGAGGACGGUAUCGUACGAUCGUACAACCCGAGGACCUCGUUCGGUGAGCAUCAGUUCUACAUCUACCUAAACGCUCAGGACUCAACCAACGUCUAUCUACCGAUUGUCCCGACACGUCUCGGAGAAAUUGAGGUAACCAUUCACGCCUCGACGCUUCUCGGUGCACAUCAGAUCAGUCGCAAGAUUAUGGUGGAAGCGGACGGAUUGCCCCAGUAUCGCCAUCAUUCUAUUCUGUUGGAUCUUCGCAACCGCCCGUAUCUGGUACAGUUCAUGCACGUGAACGUUACCGAAACGCCCAUCAUCCCGUACGAAAUCGAUCGGUACUAUGUAUUCGGAUCGAACCGUGCCCGGAUCUCUGUGGUCGGUGAUGUAGUCGGUGCCAUCUUCCCAACGAUGCCUAUCAACACUACUUCCCUGCUGGAGCUUCCGAUGGAUGCUGCCGAACAGAAUAUGUUCAGCUUUGCGGCUAACUUCUACACCAUCAAGUACAUGCGCGCUAGUACGUUGCGUGACAAAAAGACUGAAAAGCAAGCGUUCCGCUUCAUGAACAUCCUUUACCAACGGCAGCUAAGCUAUCUGAUGGAGGACGGUGGUUUUUCGCUGUUCCGUGCCGAUUGGAACCAGUCCGCACCGUCUGUUUGGUUGACGGCGUACUGUGCGCAGGUGUUUGGUGAGAUGGCCGGUCUGUACGAGUACGAAAACUUCAUCUUCAUCGAUCCGUACAUGAUACAGAAGAAUAUGCACUGGUUGUUGCGCCACCAGAAGGAGGAUGGUUCGUUCUGGGAGGAAACGUGGCUGCCCGAUCGGAAGGCGAACCAUUCGGGCUUUUUCUCGCGGAAUGAUAUUGUGCGGGAAAAGAACAUUACGCUAACGGCUCACGUGCUCAUAACGCUGACUACGGUUAAUCUUCCUGCUGGUAGACUUGCGGCACGGGUAGCUUUAUCACAGCAACGAGCGUUACAAUAUCUCCAACGAAAUUUGGCCACUGUAAAAGAUUCCGGAUCGACGUACGAGGUAGCUAUCGUGGCGUAUGCACUUAUGAUAGCGAAGGCACCGAAAGCGGAGGCAGCUUUCACGAUGCUUUCCGCCAAGAUGAGAUCGAUUGGUGAAUUUAAUUACUGGGGUAAUGAGGAAGUCCCGUUACCACCGACCAAGCUGGAAAAUCAACGUUACUUCUCGCUGCCUCGUUUACCGUACAAGUACGACUCGCUCAACAUUCAAACGACUGCUUAUGCCUUGCUGACGUACGUAUCACGCCAGGAGAUACAUGUCGAUCCGAUCGUUGCUUGGCUUAAUGCCCAACGUCUAACGGACGGUGGUUGGGCAUCCAGUCAGGACACAGGGCUCGCGAUGAAAGCUCUCACCGAGUACAGUACCCGUAAUCGUGUGUCGAAUGUAACGCAGCUUGCAAUCAAGGUGGAAGCAACGGCCCUGCCCGGUGAAACGAAGCAACUAUACAUCACGCGCAAGAGUUUGGCCCAGCAGCAGUUUUUGGAUGUACCGAACGCCUGGGGUACAGUGCGUGUAGAAGCUAAAGGUGUUGGUUAUGCGAUCCUGCAGAUGCACGUCCAGUACUCGGUAGAUACGUACAAGUUCCAAACACAACCACCCGUCCCGGCAUUCGAUUUGACCACGCGUACCAUUUUCCACGGCAGGAAUCAGUCGCACAUUAGCUACGUCAUUUGUCAACGAUGGACCUACACGGAUGAAUCGAUCCGUUCAGGUAUGGCGGUGCUUGAUGUGGCCGUCCCCACCGGCUACAUGAUCCAGCAGCAGAAGCUGGAUUCGUACAUCCUGAGCCAGCGCGUUCGUAACUUGCAGCGAGCUCGCUUCCAAGAGCGUAAGGUUUUGUUCUACUUUGACUAUCUGGACAGCGAGUACGUUUGUGUGAACUUUACACUGGAAAGAUGGAUGCCGGUAGCGAACAUGUCGCGCUACUUACCGAUCCGCAUUUACGAUUACUACGCUCCGGAACGAUUUAAUGAGACGAUCUUUGAUUCGCUACAAACCUAUCUGCUUAACAUCUGCGAGGUGUGUGGUAGCUCACAGUGUCCAUACUGUUCGAUCUACAAUCUUGCCGUUCGCUUCCCGGGUUCGAUCAUUUUAAUGCUGCUGACCAGCAUCCUGCUUGUGGCACGCCAUUACCGAAUAGUGAAUCCAAAUGGGUGGGUUUUCUUGAACGAUUAA